AUGAAAUGUGCCAACUGCCGUAGCAAGCCCAAGCUUCUUCACCCCGCAAGGCAUCCGUCACGCGAGCCGGCUUCACUGCGCGCAAGGCGGGACGAGAAGCGCCGGCUAGCAACAUCACGGCCGGGGGCCGACGGCUCCCCAGGCUGGGGGGGCGACUACGAGCGGACCGGGACUUGUCUACGACUCGCCUCGGUGCGAAUGGACCGACGGAUGCGACACCUCAGUUGGGCGGUUGUCGUCGGCGGGCGAGGCGGCAUCGAAGGGCGGAUCGGGACCAAAAGGGCGUUGCUGGGGAGCAGCGCUUCGCUAGGGCGAGCGGCGGUCGUGAACGGCGCUCCGGUCCGUCAGGCUGCUCCCCGGCCGAGCGGGGUCCAACUUACCGAGAGGGUGGACGACCAGAUCGCUUUGCUGUGGAGGAGGGUCUGGGCGAGACGAUAUGCUGAGGACGAGGGGGCGGCGACAAGGGCACGGUGGACGAUCAAGUGUGUCCGUCGUGGAGACUGCUCGCGGUACCAGCUACCAGGUUUGCAAAAGCGAAAAAAAAAAGGCACUGUUGGCGUUGGUGGGCACGGUUUCGCAAUCUGCGUCGAGUAUGCUACCUCGGGUACCUAG